GAAGCCCUCACGUGUACUUUCAGACUGUCGCGCGAAGCAAUCCAAUCCUCAGUAUAGCACAUUUCGCGAACCCCGUACGCCAUGGCACCAAAGAUGCCAGCGGUCGGUAUCGACCUCGGGACUACGUAUUCCUGUGUAGGGGUUUGGCAGCACGGCAAGGUCGAGAUCAUUGCCAAUGACCAGGGCAACAGGACGACACCAAGCUACGUCGCUUUCGGCGACAGCGAGCGCCUGAUCGGAGAUGCCGCCAAGAACCAAGUGGCGAUGAAUCCGCAGAACACAGUGUUCGACGCGAAGCGGCUCAUCGGACGCAAAUACGACGACCCCAAGAUACAGGGCGACCUGAAGCAGUGGCCGUUCAAAGUGGUCAACGAUGGAGGGAAGCCGAAGAUCGUCGUGGAGUACAAAGGAGAGGUCAAAAGGUUCUCCCCAGAGGAGAUAAGUUCCAUGGUGCUGACCAAGAUGAAGGAGACAGCCGAGGCGUACCUCGGUGGCAAAGUGACCGACGCGGUCGUCACCGUGCCGGCGUACUUCAACGACUCGCAGCGGCAAGCGACGAAAGACGCCGGUGCCAUCGCGGGCCUCAACGUGCUUCGGAUCAUCAACGAGCCGACGGCCGCGGCGCUGGCGUACGGCCUGGAUAAAAAUCUGCGCGGCGAGAAGAACGUGCUCAUCUUCGAUCUGGGAGGCGGAACUUUCGACGUUUCGGUGCUCACUAUCGACGAAGGGUCGCUGUUCGAGGUCAAGGCGACGGCGGGAGACACGCACCUGGGCGGCGAAGACUUCGACAGCCGCCUGGUGAACCACUUCGCCGAGGAGUUCAAUAGGAAGUUCCGGAAGGACCUACGCAGCAAUCCUCGAGCUCUGCGGCGCCUGCGGACGGCAGCCGAGCGCGCCAAGAGGACGCUCUCCUCCAGCACCGAAGCAAGCAUCGAGAUCGACGCGCUCUUCGAGGGAGUCGACUUCUACACCAAAGUGUCGCGCGCCCGCUUCGAAGAGCUGUGCUCCGAUCUCUUCCGGUCGACGCUCCAGCCGGUCGAGAAGGCGCUCACCGACGCCAAGCUGGACAAGUCGGCUAUACACGACGUCGUGAUGGUCGGCGGGUCGACGCGCAUUCCCAAGAUCCAGAGCCUGCUCCAGAACUUCUUCAACGGCAAAGCCCUCAACCUGUCGAUCAACCCGGACGAAGCGGUGGCCUACGGGGCGGCGGUGCAGGCCGCCAUCCUCAGCGGUGAUUCCAGCUCCCAGAUACAAGACGUGCUGUUGGUGGAUGUCACGCCGCUGUCGCUAGGCAUCGAAACUGCCGGCGGCGUCAUGACCAACAUCGUCGAACGGAACACGCGCAUUCCCUGCAAGCAGACGCAGACAUUCACGACGUAUUCCGACAACCAGCCCGCUGUCACCGUCCAGGUCUUCGAGGGCGAGCGCGCUCUUACAAGGGAUAACAACCUGUUGGGAACCUUCGACUUGUGUGGCAUCCCACCUGCUCCCAGAGGCGUUCCUAAGAUUCAGGUGACGUUCGACAUCGACGCGAACGGCAUCCUGAACGUGUCGGCUCGCGACGAGAGCACGGGCCACUCGCGCAACAUCACCAUCCGCAACGACAAGGGCCGGCUGUCCAAGGCGGAGAUCGAGCGCAUGCUGGCGGACGCGGAGCGAUACCGCGCCGAGGACGAGCGCCAGCGCGAGCGCGUUGCCGCGCGCAACCGCCUCGAGGGCUACGUGUACGGCGCGCGCCAGGCGCUGGACGACGCUGGCUGCAGGUUGCCCGACGGGGAGCGCCGGCGCGCCAGGGACGCCUGCGAGGACGUGCUGCGCUGGCUCGACGCGCACCCCGGCGCAGACCGCGCCGACUACGAGCAGCGCCUGCGCGACGUGCAGGGACUGUGCGCGCCGCUCAUGUCGAGGCUGCACCAGCAGGCCGGCGGCCGCGGCGGCGGCGGCGGCGGCUACGGCAGCCGGCAGCAGCAGCACGACGGGCCCGUCAUCGAAGAGGUCGACUGAGCGCGCACAGGAAUCGAUACACCGACGGCGCCACGACUAUCGACAGCGUUACGCACGUCCUGUAGGAGAGACUGAUCUUUGGAGGAGGCUCACAAACUUUUUUUUUUCGGCUUCUCGGCAAGGACAUUUGAAGCUAGAGCCCACUGAGACUGCAUAAGACAAUAGUACGAAACGAAAAUUGUAUUGAACUCCACAUAAUAGUCUUGAGAGAUGCAGCAACUGCAUAGACAUUUAAGAAAAUUCUCAUUUGUUGUUACGUCUCAAGCAGCACAUUUUUAAUUAGACUGCAUGUUUCGAUUACUCUGAAUCAUUUUCAGAUCUAACAAGGGAACCUCCCCAUCGCACCCCCCUCCGAUUUAGUUAUAAGUUGUGCAUGGGGACUUAGUUAUAUAAUGAAAAUAUAAUAAUUUUAGAAGCUGUGUAUGCCGCUACAAAGUCUCAUAACCGCUUUGCCCUGAGUAGCAUUAGUACCCAAUCUGACUGCAUAUAAUAACAAUAAAGAAUGAAAGGAAAUUUCCGUCAACACCAUUGAUUAAUUAAGUCCCCAGCAACUAUAAAAGCUAAACAAAACACAAGUGUAACUGUUCUGUGUGUGGUAGUGUGGUUCAACGUAUAUGUAUCUGGCACGGUUCUUCCUCAAUACGACAAGAAAUUUUAAACACCUUGUACAAUAAAGUAAUUAAAAAUAAGCCAGAUAAUUGCACAUAGAAACCAGAAUUACAGUCCAAUACAUAAACACGAGCCAGAUGCUUUGUUGACUGAACGUGUGACCAACAGGCAUUGUUAUUUAGGAAAUUUCAAAUAAACAAUUUUUUGUUACCUCCACGUAUAUUGACGAAAAAUACACUGUGAUCAUUGCAACAUUUUCCAUCUAUACAUUACACAUACCGAACAGCAUCUACUCUCUCGCCCAACAGAACAAUAAUUGCACACGACAUGCUUUCAACUAGUACUGCUUGCGACAUCCUCUCAACAAGCACUUCCCACGGCAACCUCUGAAAUACAACUGCCCUCGAAAUUCUCUGAACAACUACUGCCAGUGGAGGCGGCGAAAUAAUACUCUAUGGCGCAAUCUCUGGUGCUGUGACUCAGUGUAGCCACCUUUCAGUUGGCACAGUGGAUGGGCCUUGAAAAACUGAACACAGAUCAAUCUAGAAAACAGGAAGAAGUAGUUUGGAACUAUGAAAAAAAUAAUCAAAAUAUAGAAACUGAAUAGUCCAUGCGAAAGAUAGCCAACAUCAAGGAGAGUGUGAGCUCAUGAGCGCCGUCGUUCCGUGGUUAGCGUGAGCAGCUGCGGAACGAGAGGUCCUCGAUUCAAGUCUUUCGUCGAGUGAAAGGUUUACUUUAUUUUCGCAAAGAUAUGAUCUUCCCGUUCGUCCAUUGACGUAUCUGUUAACUGUAAUAAGUUUAGUGUCUGUGUUUUGCGACCGCACCGCAAAACUGUGCGAUUAGUAGACGAAAGGACGUGCCUCACCAAAGGGAGACGAAAACAUUUGAUCGCAAGGUCAUAGGUCAAUCGAUUCCUCCACAGGAAAACACGUCUGAUACGUUCUAUACGACACUGGUGACGGCAUGUGCGUCACAUGACAGGAAUAUGUUGUCGACCCACCUAACUUGUACACUUGGCGAAUGGGUAAAAAGAUUCUUCUACGUUACCCGAUUCUGGUUGCCUUGUGGAUGUGAUAAUCACUCCCAAAAAGAGAUGUGACAUAAACUGAAAAUAAAAAAUCAAACUUUUCGCGCGAGGGAAGACUUCCAAAGCACCUCUAGUUUCGUUGCACUCCUGAGUUCACGCUCUUCUUGAUGUUGCUUAUAUUGCACAUGAACUACUCAGUUUAUAUAUUUUGCUUAUUUUUUUCAUAGUCCCACACAACUUAUUCCUGUUUUCCCGAUUGCUCUGUGUUCAGUUUUUCAAGGCGUAUCCACUGUGCCAACUUAUAAAUAAAUCUGACGGGGGUGCGAGGAGGAGGUUCUCUUGUAAGUAGUUUCGUAAGCAGCCUGUCUUCUAUACUCCGAACCAAAUAUAAGAGUAGUGUCAGUACUCUGAUAUUUGGUUCUGAGCAGAUAAGACGGGUUUGUGACGCAACUCCUCAGAUUUGAACAUCAUCGAAAGCGAUAAAAACUAAUUAAAAAGUACAACUGAGGCCUAACGGUAAAUGAGAACUACCUCAGAAAAUUGUUCACCGUAGGAAGUCACUAUUUACUGGCUCAUGUUCAUGUAAAGCGUUUCGAGGCUUAAUUAGAGACGGAAAAUGUUUUUCAAAAACUGCUAUGCUGAUAUUUCGAUAGAACAUCUAAGUGAUAUUAUUGCUGUGGUUUUAUAGAAAGUAUUAUAUCCAUGUUUUCGUUACAUCACAUUGUUCAUACAUGUUUCAAAAUAAGUGACUGUUAAGUGAAAAUUUUUUGUUACUUUCAAAAAGGAAAAAUGUUCUCAUUUAAAUUUGUUCCGUAAGAGGUCUGUCAUUAGUUUCGCACAAGCUUUGACAAGUUUUGUUUAUUAUGAAAAAAAAACUGUUCAGAUUUAUAUUGUAUUAAAUAAAAGAAAAUUU